CUCAGAAUUUACAAGCAGCCGAAUAAACUCUCCUGCUGGUCUUGGUUAAUUCCUCGUGUUUCGAUUCCCGAGUCUUGAGUCUUGACAAGCACUAAAAUAAUUCAGGAAAGUCACCCCUGCACCCUUGAGAACGAAAGACAGAGUAAAGGAAAUCCGCAGUCAAGGGGUUAGUAGGCCGAGUGUCAACUGAAGCUACAAAAUGCUGCUCUGGAAAAGAAAGAAGUCCUGUAUGAAGAGUAUGGAGCACUUUGGGGCAGCAUGGGCCAAGCAAGUCAUAUUUCACAGCAGCCAGUAUAAAUAAAUUCGCCUGUGCCACUAACGGGCUGGGGCUGUCCAAGAGACCCCUUUAGAAAGCAAGUUGUCACCAAGCCUGCCACCUCCAAGUCUCAACUACCUCCCCAGCAAGUGAAGAAUAGGGUUGGUUUUGGCUGUGAGGAUGCCGGGCCCAAAGAAGGAUGUGUUUGGUGUGUUCCGGGACCCUGGCUCAGGGGAGGAGGUAACGGUGGACCGCUACACCCUCGCCAGUGCCUCAGGGGUGGAGGUGCAGGUCAUCUCAUACGGUGCAUGUGUUAGCGGCGUUCUGGUGCCGGACAAGACUGGGAGGAAAGAACAUGUUACCCUCGGCUUUGAUGACAUGAAGGGCUACACGGAGUACAGGUACCAGGGAAGCUCCGUGGGUCGCCGCGCCAACCGCAUUGGGAAGGGCAAGCUGGUGGUGGAGGGGCGCCAGUAUAGCCUGACCAUCAACAACAACGGCAACCACCUGCACGGGGGCACGCGGGGCUGGGACACGUAUGUGUGGGAGAGUCAUGUGGACGGGGACAGUGUUGUGUUCUCACGCCUCAGCCCUGAUGGAGAGGAAGGCUACCCUGGGGCUGUGUUGGCUCAGGUGAGGUACUCCCUGGACGGCGAGGGGGGUCUGAGGAUCGACUUUGAGGCUGCCACCACCAAGGCCACACCCAUCAACAUGACCAACCACUGCUUCUUCAACCUGGCUGGACAUGAUGCAGGGCAGAAGGGCAUCCUGGAGCACGUGGUGAGGGCCAACGCUGACCGCUACACUCCUGUGGGCCCAGACCUCAUUCCUACUGGUGAGCUGGCCCCAGUGAGAGGCACGGCCUAUGACCUGCGCAGCCCCACCACCUUCGGAGAGGCAUUGCCCAAGGCUCCAGGCGGCGGCUUUGACCACAAUUUCUGCCUUCAGUUCAAGCACCGUGGUCAGCUGGAGUUGGCAGCCUCGUUCCUGCACCCACCAACUGGGCGAGGGCUGGAGGUGUACACUACCGAGCCUGGCAUUCAGAUCUACACCGGCAACUUCCUACCCAAACCGGGGCAAGAGAACCAGAUGGUGGGUCGUGGCGGCACAGCGUACACCUACCAGGGCGCCUUCUGCUGCGAGCCCCAGAACUUCCCCGAUGCUGUCAACCAGCCCAACUUUCCCAAUGACAUCUACUACCCAGGACAGCCAUACAAGCACUCCAUGGUCUACAAGUUCUUCGUACAAAAGUAAAAUUGGCUGCACACUUCUGGCUACUGGUGUGUGUUGGGCCUGGCUGACCUCUAGACAUGCACACCGCAGCCCUUCCCUCCCUCACUCUGAAUUGUAGCUACUGUCCUAACACUUCAUCAGGAGGGAUAUACUCUUAGAGUUAUUGCAGCAUUCCCGCCUGGCUAUCACUUGCAAGGUGGGUUUUUAUGUGGUAGAGUAGAUCAUCUUCACCAUCACCAUCAGUAACCACCAUCACCCCCACUAUCAUCACCACCACUACCAUGCAUUUUAGGCCUGGGAAGGGUUCCCACCUGGUGGAUAAUUAGUCUCAAAGAGUUUUUAUAGAAGCUCCAGGUAGUAAUGCAGAUCUUUGUUAACAAUAUAUACCAAUAAUUAUAGAUAUUCAGCAUUGAUUAUUUAUAUUGUUAAAGGAGAUAUUCUUUAUUUUUACUCUCAGUACUGACUAUUUGUAUGACAGAUGCAUAUUUUAUACCUUAGACAACUAUAGCUAUGCAAUGUAAGACUGGUACUGAUAAAAAGAUGUAUCUAC